GAAACGAAUCCCUAAUUUUGCAUCUUCUUCCCGUUCAGAAAUCGAUUCCCGUUCAGUUUCAUAAACGAAUCCCUAAUUUUGCAUCUUCUUCCCCGGUUCUCUACACGCCGCAGCUUCCAGCUGAGGCGCCAGCGUCUCCCUCCAUGCUCCUGACCUCCCCAGGUCUGGCGGUCUCCAAAGCAACACUAGGCCGCGACGAUUGUUGGCGAGAUAGUGAUCACAGAGAAGCUACGGCGAUGGACGAGGGGAGACGACGAUGGCGCCCGAGAUCCAGAUCGAGAAUCGACGACUGCGGCGGGUGACGGUUGGUGGCGCCAUCGAAUUUGGGGCUGGCCGUUUGCUGGAAUUGGGUUUUCAGCGAAGGCGACAGCCUGAACACUAUCCAGAUCAAUUCCCCUGGCGUUUCCACCAAAGGGUCUUCCGGGCUAUUGAGACGAGCAAAAACUUGGUAAGUGGGGUCACGUACUCUGAUGAACCAGCCAUAUCUGCUUGGGAACUCAUGAACAAACCUAGAUGUGCUUCAAGCUAAUGUGCUACUUUUCUUCAGGAUACUAGAUGCAAACUUCGAAAUUAAGGACGAGUACCUCUCCCGGUGGGUGGAUUCCCACAUAAGCAACGGGGAACAUCUGUUGAGGAAACCGGUCCUCUUCACAGAGGUGGGUUCAGCUUGGAGUGUGAAUGAUCAUGGCAAAGAAGGAGUGGGAAACGAUAGAGAUGUGUGGGAACAUUGGUUUGCCAGGUGAUGGUGGAAGGAGUGCAUCAAUUCAGCGACCGGUUCUCGUUCGUCACUCCACAGUACCCUUUCACUGCUGGGUUGAUCAAGGAGCAGACUUGUAGGCUGCUUCAUUACAUUUCAACAGAAGGGGAGAAGGUAAAAAGAAGCAAUUGAAGCGCGAUGAUAAUUGCUUUGGUCAAUAUUAGCUACUUGAGAAUGGAGGGUUUGAAUCUUCCCCCAGUAAAGAAGGUUUGUGUGGAUUUCUUGGAUACUGUACUUGUUUAGAGCAUGUUCAAGCAAACAACAUGCUCAUUAACAUUAUUGUAAGCUCGAAUCAUGUUUCUCGUAGAUGUAUGUGUUAUUACAGCGACACGUUUUGAGGGAAUGUCUCUUAUGUUCUAUUCACUUGUCCCUGGUAUCUUGUAAUGUGACUAAUCUCUGAUUAAUCUCAGAUUAUAUUAACUUCUGUUGGAAAGUACUAUUUAUUACAAUAUUCAA